AUGCCUUCAACUCGCUCUCGUGCGGACACUCGGGCCAAUCUUGCCCAGUUUUCACACCCAAAUUCUGCCACUCCGCCGUCGCAGGUCGCAGCUCCUGCAGCUCCGAUCUCAGCGUCGUUGGCAAAUGUGACCGACGAUGGCCUGAUCUCAGGCCGGGACGCCAGGGAACUGCGCGACGCUACGGCACAAGCUAUCACUGAAGUAUGGACGGAUAGCAGGAACGUGGCAGCCAAUCUGGCCGAGAAGAUCAACGCCAAUAAUGCCUCGCUCCUGGAAGAUCUGAACCAGUCCUUCGCGGCAAUGAGUCAUCGUAUCGACGGUCGUUCACCACAUAUUACUACCCAGAUCCCAAUUCCACCUCUUCCUGAUUUCAGCGGUGCAGACGACGACCCGACUCAGUUCUCGGACUGGCUCUCUCGUGUGGAGGACAUUUUCGAUAUGCUGGCAACUCCUCUGUCUUCUGCGGCGAAAGCUAAGUUGGUGAAGGGUCACCUUCAAGGCUUAGCCAGGGAGAAAGUCAACCAACUUACUCCUGAACAGCGGGACAACUACGAGUUACUGGUCGCUGAACUAAAGAAACGUUUCGAGGGUCCACAUCGCCGUUAUCUGGCCCGCCAGGCUCUGACAGGUUGCCGCCAACAGCCAGGAGAAUCGUGCUUUGCCUUCGCCAAUCGUCUCCUUCGUUUGGUAAGGGCUAGCACAGCGGGACUGGAUCCGCAUUCACAGGAAGAACGCCUUUUGGAUGAGUUUGUCAGCCGACUGCAAACGGACAUCAGGUUUCAUGUACGUAAUAGCAACCCUUCUUCUUUUCAGGAAGCCUUAGAUGCAGCGGCCUCGGUUGAGCAGUAUCUGGCAGAAGUUACAUCCGAUCGCCUUAUUACCCCUUCGCUGGCUUCAAAACCAUUGGACGUCAAGACAGUGAACUUUCGGCCUUCCUCUUUUACUCGUUUUCGUAGUCGUACACCAUCUCCUAUGGUUCGCCAACGUAAACCAUUCCAGAGUCGCUGGCGUGGACGCAGUAUGGACAAUACCAAUGGUCGACCUAUUCCUAGUCGAAUUUUCUGCCAUUCGUGUGGUGGUAUUGGACAUAUGGCUCGACAAUGCCCAUCUUCACGUCCUAAAGCGUUGGAAACAGUCCUCACAAAUCUUAGCGAGCUCACACAAGAUCACCAACUCACGGAGCUAUGGUCCACCGUCAAUCAAGAGCAAUUCCUUCACCUUGACCAGCCGUCAUCUCAAUACCACAGUGUUCCACAGGAAGCCGCCUUCGAAACCUCCUCCUUCUGGUCUUUCAUCGUCGGGAAAUGGUCACCGUUCGACGUAUGGGUCGCAGUCUGUUGUUUCAUCACCACCGCUGCGCUCCUAAAAUCACUGCUGAUACUCUAUUUUCGCAUCUAUUACCCAGCUCUCCUUCCACAAAUAUCCAUUCCUUCCAUUGCGCGCACUCAAGCGCAGUUCGUCAAUCCUCAAGUUCAAGAACUGCCCUCAUCCACGCCUGCAUUACCUUCGAUGAUCCACCCGGCUCUUCCUCCUCCUAUCGAGUUGGCUGAAGUCGCUAUAGAUUCCUCUUCUGUAUGGCCUCCUCGCGCUUCUCUUUCUUCUGUAAACGUACUGGCUCUCAACAGCGGGGAGCGCUUCUUCGUCGCUCAGAUCCCCAUCAAGGUCAACAACGUCAAUAUUCUCGCGUUGGUGGAUACAGGAGCAGCAAUCACAAUUACAUCUCGUCAAACUGCUCCUCUGCUAGGCGUUUUCUCUCUCGUUCCAAGCGACAUCCCCUCGGCUCUCGGUAUGGCAGGCAUCCCCAUCAAGCUCAUCGGUCGCGCUAUGCUUCAUUUCCAUAUCGGUUCCGUGCAAUUCGAUCAUCAGGUCUAUUUUGCGGAAUCAGCCGGUAUUCCUCAAAGCGCCGACUCCUACAACAUCAUCAUGGGCAACGAUCUCCUCUCUCGUUUGCCCCCUUGGACUAUUCACUAUGGCAGCCGAACGUUUCACUUUGCGAACCAGAACGUCAACAUACUUUCUGCUCAAACUCUGCUCGAGAAUGCCGAUAUUUCGAUAGCAGUCCGCGCAGCUGAAACUACCGUACUCUCGCCAACGUCCGAAACCUUUGUUCCGUGUACCAUCGAUUCCCCGCAUCCAGCAUUCGUCUUGACGUCACAGUCCGAUCAGCUGUUGAACAAAAACGUCAUGGUUACGCCGGCAGUAGUCCAUUCGGGUCGCAUCCAGGUCCUGGCAACAAAUCCGUCGUCCGAAGCCCAAAUUCUGUAUAAAGACGGCAGCCAACUAGCAGUCGGCGCAGCGCUUUUUCAGAAACCAGAUGACGAUGAUCACCUAGUGGCCGUUGGAUACUUUAGCAAGGCCCUCUCUGAAGCACAGCGUAAGUGGAGCCCCACCCACAUCGAAUUAUUCGCCAUCAUCAGUGCCUUGAGGUUCUUUCGCGCAAUCAUUUAUGGCAACCACACCACCAUCUUUUCGGACCAUCGCCCGCUGACCUUUUUGCUUUCGCACAAUAAAACACACGAUAAUUUAGCACGAUGGGUCGUAGAACUUCAGAGUUAUGAUGUUACUAUCAAGUACCUCAAGGGCUCCUCGAACGUGGUUGCUGACGCUUUGAGUCGAUCUGUUGAUAAGCGCGUCCACUUUGAAGACGAUGCUGACGACAGCAACGACAUAGUCGAGUUCCCGGUAAGUAUCAACAAAUGCGCGCCCCAUCUUUACUCAGUUCGGACUCCUCUGGUCUACCUUACUAACACUCAAAUUCUCCGCCCUUACGACGCCUUAGUAGAACAGAAAAACGACGCUUUUUGUUCCCCAAUUAUGACUUUUUUAGAAACACAGCGGUUUCCAGACAACAUCCCCGAUGAGGAAAAAGGUGCCUGGCUAAAAGUCGUCGAGCAGUGCGUACUUCGCAAAAAUGGCUGUCUGUACCACAUCGAUGCAAAACCUCAUUCUUCUCUUAAGUUUGAACGGUUGGUCGUCCCUGAGAAGCUACGCGAACCAGUCUUUUUGGCGUUUCAUAGUAGCCCCUCCGCCGGCGGCCAUUUUCAUUGGCGUAAGACUCUAGCCAAAAUCGCACGCAAGUACUACUGGCCGCGAAUGGCAGAAGAUAUCUACCUGCUAACUCGUUCAUGCGAGGCCUGUCAGCGCAAAAGGGCACAACAGUUGAACAGGGAACUCCUCAUCACGGUUUCCAGCCAAGGUGUUUUUGAAAAAGUUUAUAUUGACCUCACAGGCCCAUUUCACACGUCCGACUCUGGCAACAAAUACAUCGUCGCCAUGAUUGACCAUUUUACUAAAUUUGUAGUCGCUGCUCCUCUUCCUGACUGUACAGCGGUAACGGUUGCGCAAGCGGUUGUGAAUGAAUGCAUCCUCAAAUAUGGCGCCAUGACGCAACUCAUUUCAGAUAAUGCCUCUUAUUUCAAAGGCGAAGUGGUGACUGAGAUUGGCCGACUUCUUCGCAUCAAUCGGUACUUCACGACUCCGUACCACCACGAAGGGAAUGGCGCUUGCGAGCGGGUAUUUGCUACAUUCCACCCAAUGCUCCGCACUUACAUCGAUGAGAAUCAGUCGGACUGGGACAAACUCACAGAUGUUAGAGCUGGCUGUCCAGUUCUCGAACGUCAGGGCACUCCCAGCUCAGCUCAAGAGUCGAUCGACCUUUCCAUCAGUCUCGACGACUUCUCGUCCCCUGAGGCAGCUUUCAUAACUAGUUCUCACAUGGAGUAUUCCGAGGAAGCACUUCUGGCAUCGGACGACUCCUCUGGUCCUCCGUCAUCGUCACAAGCCGCUUCCCAGCCCAGCUCGUCGGCUACAACAUUAAUGCAAGCGCCUCCGGCGUCUCCCCCUCACGCCCAGCCUUUCUCCGCUGCUGGCUUUUCUUUCGGCUGGGAACCUCAGGAAAGUGAUCCAGCCCCAGCUUCUCAGCCGUCCUCAUCCCGCUUUGGAGAAGGCGCGUUUUCCUCGGAACCAGUAGCGAUCGCACCUUUUUCCGCCUCGUCACAGCGCGGCAGAGCAGGCGCUAGGCGGCGCCCAGCUUCCCCACACUUUGGCGAAGGGGCGAGGUCUUCGAAGCAAGCAGUACCAGCCCCCUUCCCUUCGUCAUCCAGGUCUCGAGGCAGCACAACUGCACAGCGUCGCCCACCGGCUAGAGGCUCACACCAGUUUUCUACCAGAGGGUCGCGUCCCUCCUCCAGCCGCUUCAGGAGAGGCGCACGCUCACCAGAACCAUCGAGAGGUUCAUCCUCUUUCACUCCGUCACGUGCUCGCGGUCGCACGGCUCCUCAACACGCGCGGGAGCCUCGCCCAGCAGCCAGCGACAUCCAGGAGCGACCUACCUCUCCUCCACCAGGUCCUUCCGCUGCGACGGAGAGUGCCGUCUCUCUACAUCGGCCCCGCGAGCUCCGUCCUCCAGCUAUCCGUCAUGUUACCAAGCCUGGGCCCUCUCAACUCCAGGAGUUUACGCCACCAGACUUUGACCACUAUCUCAUAAAUCGUCACCCAUGGGCUCACUUGGUCAAACCCCGUCCAUAUAACCAGUUGAUUGACCCUAACAUUCAAGCAGUACCAGACCUGCCAGUGGACGACUACAGGCACCUUCCUUCGUCAGCCUAUAACAACACGAAGUUCGCCCGUUCACUAUUCCCGCGCAUUGGCAUUAGGGCCGGACGCCCAGUUCACGAACUGCCGUUUAUCGAAUUUCAACAUCUUGAAGACACAAUCGCCUUCCGUGAGCACUCUAUGCGAAUAAUCGAAGAUGUAUUAGACGGAGCGUAUGAUGAGUUCAGGGAACCCCAAGUGCAACCCACGAACGAACCACGACGAUACAUGCUCAGGCCUGAGUUUUGGCGUGGAAAACGACCAGUCCUGUAUCAGGCCGUCUUUGAAGGCGCUCCGGAACCAGUCGUGGUCAACGCUGGCAUCUGCCGUUUUGAUCUGCUAACCAUCAGGGUGUACCAAUUCCUCCUGGCGGACGCGCGUUACAACGUUUCCAGCGCGAUGCGCUUUUCCGAACCCCCAGCCUCCACCGCGGCUCGCGAUCAACUCUGCCAGCUUAUCAGGGAGUUUCUGCCGAUGCACCCCUGGGAAGGAGUUCGUCCUUUACGCGUUUUCCUCCCAAACAUGGAAGAACUGGCAUGGCUCGAAGAUCGCGCCGCUCGAUUCGAAAACUUCGCAAGAUUCUUCCACGAGGCCAGGCGCCGAUUGCUCAAAUGGUUCAAUGUGUCCUGCUCCGGGGUCGCAGCGUUUACCUUGCUGCCGGACGAUCAACAAAGCCGUUGGGUUUUGGCCGAUGUUCCAAGCCUGUCGGUUUAUCCCCUCCGGUUGGACUUCGUUCUCCGCGAUAUGGCAAGCGAGGCAGGCUGGACACUACAUCGUCCGGUCGCUGUAUGGAUCGAUGGAGCUUCGACUCUAGCAUUCGUCAAAGUGCGCGAGGUCAUCAUGGAUCCUGCGGCAAAAACCUUAACGGUUUCGGUGCACGCCUACCACUGGUCGCAGAAUGCCCUCUUUCGAGCAGUAUCGGACCGUGCCCGUCCCGCCGAAGGCAUCUGGAAAGUUUUCAUUUGUGUCAGGCUAUGCCGCCCUCCGACUGCUUCCCAGCCCGCGUACGCGUGCAUUUCAAGAGCACAAUUACCAGAAAGCGUGCCAGUAGGUAGCCGAGGAGAUGGUAUCAUGAAUGCGAUGUAUGGCCGGGCCGAGUUGUCUUGCGCUCUAUCCAAUCAACAGACGCCGAUGGCCACCCAGCUUACCAGCACCAACUUCAGAUUCAGGGGUCGUCAACUCGCGCUUACUCAAGACCAACAGGCCGCCAUGUCCCUUGGAUUCACCGAAUAUCCAAUAUCUGCGAUCCAGGCCGCUUUCGGCACAGGUAAAACUGCGGUCGGAGCUCUCCUCGCCGCUCACCUGUGCAAAGCGGGCGUAUCCGUCAUCGUCACUGCUAUAACCAACACGGCAGUCGCCCAAUUCGCGGACACUCUGCUUGGUCUCGAUGACUUCCAGGGCAUACGGAUGGUGCGAUACAUUUCUGACGCCGCCUCGGCCGACAACACCUUCCCGACGGCGGCUGAUCUGAAUGUCAUUCUGAAGUCCCUUGAUGACACCUACGGCGACCGCAUGACCUCUACCGAACGCGGCAUAUGCCGCGAAUUCAAAAGGAGCAGGGAGGCACUGGAGAGGUUGCUGAGAGACCCGGAGCGCGCCCUCCUCAUGUCUGAAGAAGAAAAGGAGGAAUGCUUCAUCUCCGAUCAAUACGUGUCCCGGCAUUUGAAGAAAAUGGUCGAUCUCAUGUUCCGGUAUCACGCGCCCUCGGUCAUCUUCGCGACGACGUCGUCUCUUAUUAACAUCAUCGGACGCAAGGGCAUUUUCAAGAAGCAUAUGGCACGCUUCACAGUGCUAAUCGGAGACGAAGCAUCGCAGAUCCCUGAGCCGGUGGUGGUGACGUUCGCUAUGCUACUUCCCUGGGUGCGUCAGGUUUACAUCGGCGACGUACAUCAGUUGGAACCGCACGUCUCAGGCCCUGCAAACUCUAGCGUCGCGAUCUACGGCGCUCGUAGCACCAUGAAGAUCCUCACAGAUGCUCGAGCCGUCCCUGUCGCGCCUCUCCGCACGACCUUUAGAUCCCACCCCGCGCUGAUCGAGCUCCCGAAUCGGGUAGCGUAUGAAGGAUCGUUGGUGUCGGGAGUGAGAGCCGAAGAUCGAGGUAUGCUCCUUUCAGUGAUGCGCUUCCCAUCGCCUGAAGUACCGUUCAUGUUCGUCGAUGUCCCUGCCUGCUCAACCAGAGCGCAGAACCGGUCUCACUUCAAUGAAGUUGAGGCGCAGGUGUGCUGGAACCUGGUCAACCACCUGCUGGAGAAGGGAAUCCAACCGGCCGAUAUCGCGGUCAUCGCCUUCUAUCGGGAACAAUAUCGUCAGAUGCACGCGCAUGCCCGCUCUCUCAACAUCGAAAUGGCUACGGUUGACUCGGUGCAGGGAAGGGAGAAGGAGGUGGUGGUCGUCCUGACAACUCGAACGGACGCCGAGCCCAACUCUGCGGAAUUCCUCGACAACUACCGCCGCAUGAAUGUAGCUCUUUCUCGUUGCAGACAUGGCCAGUUCAUCCUUGGGCGCGCGGACUCUCUUGCUCGCAUUCCGUUUUGGAGCCGUGUACUGGAAUGGUCGCGCUCCCUCAAUGCUGUGGUGCCUCACGUCGAUCUUGACCGGUAUUUUCAAGACCUCUAA